UGACUCUUGAAAUGGGAAAACGAAAGACAAAGCUGCGCACUCGUUCCAAGAGUGUAACAUUGGAAAGAGCUUCUUCACAAGAUGUGGAUGAAGUGGGGAAUCAAGAAAUACAUGAAGCUUUUACACAAGAUGUGCAGCCUCCUGUACGUGUUACUCGUGGGCCAAGCAAGUACUUGGAUAUUUGGGAUCUUCCCGAUGAAGAAGAAAUUGAGUUGCCGCUAAAUAGUAUGCAUCAGCCAGUUGAUGAGGGGGCGAGGACUUUCACUGGUUUCUUGGGUACGAUUGCGCGGAAACCUCACAUGUGCCCGAUAAGAUUUCUUAAUUGGAAGAAGGUAGCAGAAGAAUUUAAAGAAGAGUGUUGGCGUCUUGUAGAGCGAAAAUACAGUGUCCCUGCUGAUCCUAUUGCAUAUGCGGCUUUGAAGACAUUUACCUUGCAAAAAAUUGGGAAGUCUUGGAGGGAUCAUAAGUCUAAGUUGAAGAAACAAUAUUAUAUUCCUCAUUCAAGAAACAAAGCAUGCGUAAAGAGCCACACACCCCCGGGAUGCAUAACACAAGAUUGGGAAAUACUUGUUGAGCAUUGGUAUACCGAUGAUGCAGUGUUAGAGUCAGAUAAGAAUAAGGAGCGUCGUGCAAAACAGGAUGACUUACAUACUGCUGGUUCUUGUAGCUUUGCUGUGCACGCUGCAAAAAAGGCAAAAACGGAUGGACGUCCUGUAGAGCGUGCAGUAUUAUAUCCAAUACUACAUACUCGUAAAGAUGGAUCUGCAGUUAAUCCUGUAGUGAAAGCAAAGAUGGACAAAAUGAAGGAUUUGUUGGAUGAUUCUUCGAAUCAUUUGCAGUCAUCUGAGAUAACUGGUAGUAUUGUAUGGUCAACAGAGGAUGUGUUUGCCAAAGUGAUGGGUAAGGAGCGCAAAGGUCGUAUUCGUGGGGUAGGAUUUGGUCCAAGCCCAAGUGCUCGAAGUAGCAAGACUGCUCUCACAGACAUUGAAAUACACUCAAGUCAAGCAAGGGACAAUGAAGUUGCACAACUGAAGGCUUCCUUGGCUACUAUGUAGGAUAAACUUGAAAGUUUUGACGAAAUGAAGGAAAGACUUAGUCAAUUUGAAGAAAUGGAGCAAAGAAUGGAGCAAAGAAUGGCUCGCAUGUUUCAACAAAUGCAACAAAGUUCUUCCCAAUGCAAUCAGGAUGUUCCUUUGCCUCAACAAU